AAAACCAAGCAGUUAUAUAAGGACGUUCAUACUUCCGUGAGGGCUCACAGUUGUCAAUUGCCGACCGAGUUGUAGCAUCACGUUUUAACGCUCGCUGAAGAUGGGUACCCGCACUCCUGUGUUACUUCGUUCUCACUGGAUAAUCAACAACCAGUUGACCCUGCCGCUGGUUGCGGUAGACGAUAAAGGAAAAACGGCAAUCCGUGGACUCAUCCAGUUGUUGGUUCCGGUUACCAUAUUCCUCGAUACGAUUUUCGCCGAUACAGCUGGUUACACUACAAGGGGAUUUGGUGAUGACCAGUACCAGAUCUACAAGUCCAUGGAAGGGAUAUUGCAAGCUACAGGAAUAGAUGGAAAAGCCUGUUUGCUUCGCACUAUUUGCGAAAUGCAAACAAAUCCAAUCGGGGAGUUUACCGUCGUCGGAGAGAUACUAACCAUUUUACUUUCUCCAAAAAGAGGCAUAAACGAUUUCUUACACGAUUACAUCGAUGCUGAGCACAUAGGGCAAUCACACAACAUGACUUGCGCAGGCGAGUUCCGAGAGUGUCCCGUCUCACUUUACAAUCUCUUCCGCUCCGAUGGUGAUUCCAACGAAAUAGUUGAUGAUGAGGACGACGAAGAUGAAAGCGAACAAUCGGAUGUCCAUGAAGAAUCUGCCGGGCCCCAUUCGACGAAUAAGAGCCACGAAGUGUUUGUUCAUCCUAAUCUAGAUCCUUUGGAUGGCCAGAACCUAGUUGAAAACGAAAGACCUUACAAUAACAUAAACACCAAUGAACAUUAAUUUCCAUUCAUCUUUAACAAUAUUUAUAUUUAUAAUAUGCUUCUCGAUCGAAAUAACAAUGUUAAUUUUGCGUCAGGUGAUCCGAGUGACGCAAGAUUUUUGAAAAAAAUAAAUAAAUUAUGGAUUAAAAGUUUUUAAGACCUAUUAGUUAUUUUAAAAUGUAAAAGUUGACAUAAUGUAUGUUCCAUUGGUACCAAUUCCUUUUUCAUGUAAAAUAAAUUAAUCGGGCUUCUGA